AAAAUAGAGCGGACAAAAGCAACAAUUCUGAAGAAUCCACGACUUUUAAUAAAUAAUUAAUAAGUACAAGGAGGAUUACCCACCUGGCCUUAAUCACUGUCUGUCCAUCUUAUCUGCAACUAUUAGUUAUCACAAUGUUCCUUUUCAUAACUAUUACUGUGCUGUGUCUACUGUUGACUAUUGUAGGCGAUCUUGUUAAGCUUUUGCAACUGUCCAAAAUAUUUCGCUGUGUCUCAGGUUCGGCCACCAGUGAUGAACUGCAGCAGCAACUUCAAGAGGCACAAGAUAAAGUUGAACGCGUACGUCAGUCGGCGGCUGCUACAACCCACUACACGUAUACCGUGAAAUUAAUGCGUGCCGAGAAUGAGUUAAGAACUAUAAAAACGAAAUUGCGUAGCGAGGGUAAUGUGCAACGUUUAAAAGGUGCAUCUGUAGAGCUUGUGGUUGGCUAUCUUUUAAAGGGCAUUAUUUCAGUCGCGCUCUUUGUAAUAACUGUGCGCAAUCGUUAUGCGCCGGUUAUCAUAUUUAAUGAAAACAUAAGUUUUGAACCACUUGGCGGACUACUGAGUUUCCCAACAGGCGUGCCCAAUGCGAUAUCUGUGCCCUUUUGGGCUUUAUCUUGCAACAGUGCAUUCCGGUUGAUUCUCAAUGCUCUUAAGGCAAAGUGAUUGUAUUGGUUUCGACACUAUAAAUGGCAACUGUCGCGGUAGCAGUUAAUUAGGGAAUAAUAUGUGCUUAUUUAUUUGACUGUAAAAAUAUUUUAGCUUUAUUGUGGUGCUAAACAAGCACGACCGCUGCACUUUAGCCCCGCAUAGACAGAAUGAGUAAUAAUGAACUGCCAUACAAUUGUUGCAUUUCACAAACAUUGUUUUAAUUUAUUUAAAUCAUAUAAGUUAAUUUAUUAUGAGAUGAUUUGCAGUCCAUUUGAAAAUACAUUUUAUUAAGUAAAUUACAUUAAAUUGAUGUAAGAUAUUCUAAAAAGGAAACAAGAAAAAACGAAAUAAAUGAUGCAU